CUUAAUCCAGCUAAAAAAAUAAAGAAAAAUCAAGAUUAUUGGAAUCCUUUUUAUUUGGACCUGCCUCCAUUUUCUGGCCCACAAAAAGUUCUGCGGCCCAGCAACCUCCGAAUUUAGAAGCCCAAGUACAAAUUGAGACGUGGUUAGCCUCCCGUCAGAAAAAAAAAAAAAAGAAUAUUAUCGUGGUCAGCCGCCGUCUGGAAUCUGGAUCACCUUCCUCGAAACUUCCUCGGCUAGGGUUCAGGGAUGACGGAGCACGGGGGAACUGUCGAUCCCUCGCCGGACAGCCGCAGCAAUCGGAUGGAAUCGAAGAUUGCUGCUCCCCCAAUUGAUGGCGGCUCAAAGUUCAUCCUCGAUUCCGGAAGCACCGUGCACGCGACGGGCGACGCGAGCAUGCUAAAGGAGACGAGGACACCGCGGUGCGGCGACGCCGCCUCCAUCACCAGGCGAGACGGGAAGGAAAUGCGCGUUGUUGCCGUGGGCUCCGUAAGCACGCCGGAGUUCGCCGUCCCCGAUGUCCACCACGUGCCCGAGCUCGGGCCUGGCGUCACCCUCGUCUCCGUGUCCCAGCUCGCGCUGUAUGGUUUCGCCGCCAUGUUCUACGCCGCGGGCUGUCUCGUCGUGGACCGGACGGGAGCCGUGGUCGGAGAGGGCCGUAUGCAGGGUGGCGAGGAGGAAGAGGGGCUCUAUCGUCUUGCUUUCCUCAGGAUCCCUUCCUCCAGCCCGAUGGAUCCUCCUGACCCAUGUCCAGAGCGGUCUCUGCCUCCUGCUGCUUCCACUGCAUCGUGUGUCCUCCUGAACCAGCGUGUUCCUCCUCCUGAACCAGCUCCCCCAACGAACGCCUGUUCUUAGACCAUGGAUUCUGGUCAGUAAUAGAUGUUAAUUAGUUUGAAUGAAUUGUUCACAAAAACCAUGGAAUAUGGUAGUAGGUUUCUGCCCUUUGGUACGUCAGUGCCGAACCAUGGCAGGGGACAUAUGUUAUGCGAACAUGUACCGGCUAUGAUCUUGUUAUAUUUAUGCUUGGUUUUCGUGUUUGUGA